AUGCCCUCUGGCCGAUCUAACAGUAAUAUCACCAUGGCGCAACUUCUCGUUGUCUUGGGCGCGACGGGCCAGCAAGGCAUCUCCGUCAUCAACCACGUCUUGUCUGACCCCAUUCUCUCCAGUAAAUAUUCGAUCCGUGGCGUCACACGAGAUGCCUCGAAACCGGCUGCACAAGAUCUCAUGAUGAAGUCACUCGAUAUUGUCUCGGCGGACUUCGACGACCCGGCAUCGAUCUAUGCUGCCUUACGAGGCGCACACACCGUCUUCGCCAUGACAUGCACAAUCUAUGACGAGCAUGCCAAAACACGUGAAGAAGACCAGGGUAAGACUAUCGCCGAUGCGGCCGUUGCCGUUGGAGCGCGGUACCUGAUCUGGAGUACUGCGACGCACGCCGGGAACACGUCCGGCGGGAAAUAUUCAGUCCCUGCAUUCGAUGUCCGCUGGGACGUCGAGCAGUACAUACGCGGCCUCCCCAUCCAGAGCGCGUUUGUGGCGCCGGCUACCUUCAUGCAGAAUCUGCGCGACAUGAUGGCACCUCAGCCGUGUGAGGAUGGCACGUACGCCAUCGCCAACAUCCACUCUCCGCAGACGCGGUUUCCCUGGCUGGAUGUCGUGGCGGACCUGGGGAAGUUUGUUGGUGCCAUUCUCGAGCAGCCAGAGAAGUACGACGGUAAGGUGCUUGGGGCCUCGUCUUGCAUUCAUUCGCUUGUAGAGGUGGCGCAGAUUCUCAGCAAGGUGUCUGGCAGGACAGUUAAGUAUGUGGUGAUGCCGGAGUCCAAGUUCCGAUCCUUCUGUCCUCCUGAUGGUGCGGACAGCAUUGUGAAUAUGUUUCUGUUUAUUCAGGACUAUGGGUACUAUGGUGUGGAAACAGAAAAGGUGGUUGAGUGGUCGAUCCAGCAGGUCACAGGACGCCUUAUUACCAUCGAGGAGUUUGCCAAAACUCUUCACUUUGCGUAA